AUGCAAGACAAUUCAAUGAUUGAUUCAACCAAAGCCAUAAGCAUUUACUGCCUUGCGGCAACCGCCUUUGGGCUCGCAUCGCAUUGGACCUACUGGAUACACGGACAUCGCGUCCGCCAUGCCACAUGGACCCUCCUAUGUCACGUCGCGGCGCUUGCCAUCCUUGGUUGGAAGCUGACCAAGGCGCAAGGCAGCUUGCAGAGUGGCCUCUACGCAACAACUGCCGUCUUUGUAUCCUACUUGGGGUCUCUGUUCACCAGCAUUGCCAUCUACCGCGUCUUCUUCCACCGACUCGCCCGCUUCCCGGGUCCUUUUGCUGCCAAGGUCACCAAGCUCUAUGGGCUGUACGCCGCCCGGAAUACUCAGGUCAACGAUCACCACACGUCCCUCAUGCGUCAGUAUGGCGACUUUGUCCGCAUCGCCCCUAAUGAGCUCAUGGUCAUGGCCCCCGAGGCGCUGUACAAGGUGCAGGGCAUGACAAGCAAGUGCUCAAAGAGGAACACGGGCAUCUUUGACAUUCUGCAUUUUCGAGGAGAUCGCAUGAUCGUCGCGCUGCUGGAUAAGGAAGAGCACAUUGCCCGCCGCAAGAUCUGGAAUCUAGCUCUAGAUACAAAGUUGCUCCCCCAGUAUGAACCGAAGAUCCUCAAAGAGGUCAAGGUGUGGCUGGAUACGCUCUCCAAGAUCCAAGGACCGAUAGACAUCAGCCAUUACAUGAUGUUACUUUCCUUUGACCUCACCGGAGCUGUGGGAUACUCGGCAGAUUACCAAACCGUCAAGAGUGGCAGGGAAAACCGGACGCUUCAUCUGCUGGAGGCUAGCUUCAAGCCGUUUGGAAAGCUGGGAUUUCUUGCUUGGCCGGUGCAGCUUGCUGUUGAUCUCGGGCUUGCCAAGGAGCAGAAAGAAUUUGAGGAGCUCUCGAUCAGGACGGUCGACAAGAGAAUAGCGGAUGACUCUGAGGACAAGGUGGACAUAUUGAAAUACUUCCUCCAGGAUUUUAGAGGGAAGCAAACAUCAUUCAAUUCAAUGAACUCCAUAUAUACAGAAUCGCAAGCGAUUCUCAUCGGAGCAACAGAUUCCACCUCGGGAACCAUGGCAUGGAUCUUUUACUACCUCACCAAACACCCCUGGGCGCAGGUGCGGCUGCUGGAAGAGCUGGCGCCGGUCUUUGGGAAGACCACGCUGGACGAGUUUUGCGACGCCGACCUGCGCGGCCUGCCCUUUCUCCAAGCCGUCAUCGACGAGACCCUGCGGCUGCAGCCGCCGGCGGGCAACGGCAGCGCCCGGAUGACGCCGCCCGAGGGCAUCGAGAUCGCCGGCACGCACAUCCCCGGCGAGGUGAGCGUUUGGGUGCCGGUCCGGGCGCAGCAACGCGACGAGAGGUUCUUCGCUUUUCCCGACGAUUUCAUCCCCGAGCGGUGGACGACCCAGCCUGAGUUCAUCAUGGAGCGGCGAGCGUAUGCGCCCUUCAAUACAGGUCGGUGGAGCUGCGUCGGCAAGCAGAUAUCGCUCACGAUCAUGCGUAUGCAUAAGUGA